GCACCGAGACCCCGUAAUCAAGUUUCGGAUCCUCAAGCUCUUUUCAUGAGUCGAAUGGUUUCCACGUGUCAGGAAGUGGAAGCCGCAUGGCCUUCACAGGGACGAAUUGUUUUCAAAGGGAAUGCUAAUUCUACAGUAACAGUAGGAGAUUCUCUCGUGCCUGAGGAAAAGUUGGCAUUAACCGACAUAAACCUAAACGUAGAAUCUGGAGAACACAUCGGCAUUGUCGGACGAACAGGAUCUGGCAAAUCCUCCCUGAUUCGUGUUCUUUUCCGUCUGGUUCCCCACAUGGAAGGACCCGUCAGCAAUCUGCACAUAGCUAAGGUCAAGAAAUUCCGCGGUGCCACUGGAACGGUUGAAGUUGACAAUGUUGAUAUCCGCAAGGUGCCUUUACGUAUAUUAAGAUCAAGGAUGUUGUGUGUCCCCCAAAAUCCUUUUCUCUUUUCUGGUACUGUUCGCGAAAAUCUUGACUACGAUAAUUCUUAUACCAAUGAGGAGUUGACGGAUUUAUUAUUGCGCUGUGGUUUAGUGGGUGAAGCUGCCGAGGCACUUGCGUUUUUGGAUAGUGAAGUAGGAGAAGGCGGUCAAAAUCUUUCCUCAGGUCAAAGGCAACUUCUCUGUUUAACGAGGGCCCUAUUCCGUCGUGGCCAGGCACGAUAUAGCGUUAUUUGUUUGGACGAAGUUACCGCUUCCCUGGAUGAUGUUUGCGAGAAGAGGAUUAGGGAACUGCUCAACAAUGAGUUUGCCAAAUCUACAGUUAUUCUGGUAGCACAUCGUAUUUCAACUGUGUUGAGCUGCUGUUCUCGGGUCGUGGUGAUGAGCUUCGGUCGUAUUGUUGAGGUUGGUGACCCAAAGGAUUUGGCUCAGAAUCCCAACUCCCAUUUCUACCAAAUGCUCCACAGUCAAGCCAUUCAAUCCUCCGAGUGA